AUGGUGGAAGCCGAUCAGCACGCCGCCGUAGAGGCAGGGGCCUCUAUAAGUGAUCUCGAUCAGUCUCCGCCAGACGACCUCACAGACUCUAGCAACGAAUCUGACUCCGAGAACACCAGUUCAGACGGUCAGACAGACCAGGAGACCAACAAGGCGACUCUCAAUAAAUAUAUCAUUACUCACGCUGAUGACGACGACGAGACCCACACAUCCAACCUUCCCGAGAACGAACAGUCAAAGAGCAUUAUCGCUCAAGCCCGAGAAUACCAGCAAGAACUCUUUGAGAAGGCCAAAGAAGAGAACGUGAUCGCUGUUCUGGACACCGGGAGUGGAAAAACCCUCAUUGCUGCGCUCUUGAUCAGACAUUACCUGCAACAGGAACUCAUUGAUCGAAGUCAUGGCAAACCAGCAAAGAUUGUCUUCUUCCUUGUCAACAGCGUCCCCCUCGCUCGACAACAGGCCCGCUUCCUCUCCAACAAUCUGCCACAGAAGGUCAUUCCCCUCUUCGCCGAUGCCUCGGACGAUCUGUGGAAGAAGGCAGAAUGGGACAAGAUUUUUGCGGAAAACAGCGUCAUUGUGUGCACAGCUGCGGUGCUGGACUCGUGCCUGAUGCACUCAUACCUGAAAAUAGGUCAGAUCUCACUUCUUGUUGUCGACGAAGCCCACCACUGUAAGAAGGACCAUCCAUAUUCGACAAUCAUUCGAGACCACUACAUCAGGUGGAAAGGUGACAGACCUCGUAUUUUCGGCAUGACAGCGUCCCCUAGCGACUCAAAGCGAGAUAUUGACAAAGCUGCGGAGGAUUUGGAAGCUUUACUGCAGAGUAAGAUCGUGACCACGAAUGAUAUGUCCGUCUUCGAUUUCGCACCUCGAGCCGAGGACGUCAGAUGGUACUAUCCUCCACUGAAUGCAGGAUUCGAAACUGGUCUAUAUUCGCAACUCUUGCCAUUAUGUGGCUUCCUCGAAGAUCUAGCGCCAUACUUCCGUUUCGCUCGCAUGGCUUCUGGACAACUUGGCGCUUGGGCAGCAGACAAAAUCUGGCAGUACGCCUUCCCAGCAUCUGAGAGCGAAUCAGCCGUCAUUCUUCGAAAAUUUGAACGAAGCCCAGUUUACACUGAGAUGACUGAGAACGAGAGACGACUGGCAGCUUUAGAUUCUGUCCGUGAGGCCAUUUCAGUCGUCCAAAAUCAUCCCUUCGGGCCUCUAGAGAUCGACUCGGACCAGGCUGUAUCUUCUAAAGUGAGAAAGCUAUAUGUCGAGCUCAAAGAGCGCUUUUCGAUUGCCGCUACGACUCGGUCAAUCGUAUUUGUCGAGGAAAGAUUGACGGCGCUCAUUCUCUGCGACAUGUUCAAGUCACUCAGUCUCCCGAAUCUACGGCCGGGCGUCCUCAUGGGUAGGGCCUUAGCUUCGAACCUAAAAGGUUCGUGGAAAGAUCAAGAGGCAGUCAUGGAGAAGUUCCGCACCGGCAUCAUCAACAUUAUAUUUGCUACCAGUGUUGCUGAAGAGGGCAUUGAUAUUCCCCAAUGCAACAUGGUGAUCAGAUUCGAUCUGUAUAAAACCCCAAUUCAGUACAUGCAAAGUCGUGGCCGGGCUCGGAUGAAGGGCUCUAUUUUUGUCCACAUGAUCGAGGAAAAUAAUCAGUCCCAGGAAGCAGACGUCAAUUUUGCCAUUGCCCAAGAUGACUAUAUACGACGGUGGUGUCAACAGCGUCCUCCUGAUCGACUAUUGGGCCGCGGCUCGAAACUGAAACAGCUCAUGGCUAAAGACGCAAGUUGUCGAAGUUUCCAAACUUCUUCUGGCGUCCUUGCGAACUACUCCAAUUCCCUUUUGCUCCUGAGUCGGUAUGCAGAGUCCUUGAAGAAGAUCGGUGGCGCCUCGUCAGAAGUGUACGAGGAGAUGAUAGGUGUCGAAGAAAACAUGUUUCAGUACAAGGUCAUACUUCCUGUCACCAGCGACCAGCGCACUGCUGCAGUCAAGGGCGCCAAAGGCGAGCCGCGCACAAAUAAGGUGCUCGCGAAGCGGUCCGCUGCAUGGCGUUGCCUUUUCAAAUUACGCAAAGCACAACUGUUGGACGAGAAUCUCAACAGCAUCUUCUUCAAAGCCAAGCCAGCUAAUCUGAAUGCCAAAACCGCCGUUCCCGACCAUAAGGACAGCUACGACAAGAAGGUGAAACCGGAUUUCUGGGUUGGGAGUGGUGCAACAUUGUCAACGCUACCAAUGAAACUCUUUGUCACGCGUGUCUCUGUUGAGCCAAAAUCACCAUCCUGGAGCACUGAUGGCUUGCUACUGCUGACGCGUGCAUCUCUUCCAGAUAUUCCCACAUUUUCCGUCUAUGUAGACGACAAUGUUGAGAAAAAGGUCACAUUUAAGCGAUUCAUUCAACCAGUGGCAGUAACGGCGGACCAGAUCGAGUCUUUGACGACAUUUACUCUUCGUGGGGUGUUCUACGAUUUCUUUAAUAAAUUCUUUGCUCACAAAUCGACAUCUAUGAGCUACUGGCUAGCACCCCCCGCCAGGGGAGAUCUGAAAGACACCUUUGAGUCUAUUGUCAAUAUGGACGAGCUUUUGGCCGCGCAACUCACUGAACGCCAGAGAUGGAAGCCAUUUGCAAGCGCGACAGAGGCACAAGAAAACGCAGAGAAAUGGUGCAACGCAUUUCUCAUCGAUCCAGGAAGCGGAAAAUGGCGUUAUUUCACAGGUGACGUCUUGCGAGGAAAAUCUAUCUGGGACCCUAUUCCAGAUAGUGCAAAGGCCAUUCAGAAGAGAUUCAAGAACACCAUUAUUGAAUUUUCUGACAGCACGUGGGGAGCAAACAGAAAAAAUGCCGAAUCUGUUGCUAAGAUGUAUGAUCCAAAUCAACCUGUGUUGGUCGCUAAGGUUGUCACAGCCGGUCGAAAUUUCUUAGAGGAAUGCCCCAAAGAUCGAAAACGGUAUGCCAUGUGUCACAUUGCCCCCCAACCGCUGGAACUUGGUCGAAUAUCGUGCUCGGUGGCCCAAACUUGUCUACUGUGGCCUUCUAUCCUGCAUCGCUUGGAAAGCUACCUGAUCGUCGGGGAAGCACUCAAGAAGCUUGAUCUGAUCGAGGUGCCUCUAGACCUUGGUUUAGAAGCUUAUACGCAAGAGGGCCAUACCAAGGCGGACGGCGCCGAAACCGAGUCACGAAGUCUGGAUUGCCGUGAUGUUGAACUUCAACUCGGCAAGAAGGAGCCAGAGGCGGCUAUGAAUUAUGAGCGAUUGGAAUUCAUUGGAGACGUUCUCCUCAAGAUGAUGACCACUAUCACAGUUUACAACCGCACAACGUGCGACGAAGAAGGCAUGCAUUGCAAGCGUAUGGACCUGCUCUCCAACAGCCGGUUGUGCACCACUGCGUCUGCUCCCCACUACGAGCUUUUUCGCUACAUCCGCUCUGCAAAUGAUCAUUGGCGUGACACAUGGUACCCUGAAUUCUUGGAGCUGGAGAGAGGUCGAGUCAUCAAACUGACAGACAAACACCGCAAGCAAGCGCUAGGGAAAAAGACCAUAGCGGAUGUCUGUGAGGCAACUAUUGGAGCAUGUAUCAUGAGCAGUCGUCACUUGCCCACGGAGGAGAAGCUCGAUCUCGGGAUCAAGGCGAUCACUAAAUUUGUGGAACAUCCUGAUCACGCUAUCAACUCCUGGAGAGAGAUUCUUCCAAUGUACAAACCGGCGCCUUGGGUCGCAGAAAUGAACGACCCGAUUGCCAAUGAUUAUGCCGAUAAGCUCUUCGAGGCCACCGGCUAUCGGUUCAAGAAUCCACGUCUUGCGCGUUCAGCGUUUACCCACUCGUCUGACCAGCACUCGCCAGUUCAAAAUCUUCAACGACUCGAAUUUUUGGGUGAUGCUUGCCUAGAUUGGGUUUGCGUGUGGUGGUUGUUUUCCACUAACUCGACUCGUGGUCCUCAAUGGUUAACCGAGCACAAAAUGGCCAUGGUAUCGAAUAAAUUCCUCGCCGCCUUGGCGGUUAUUCUGGGAUUCAACAAGUGUCUCUACGCUCAUAGUAUUGCCGUCUGCACAGAUGUAGCCAGCUAUGCAUCCGCAGUCCAAGAGGCCUGGGGGCAAGAGAACGUGAAACCCGACUUCUGGACACGAGUUGCACCCGAACGCCAUGUACCAAAGGUCCUAGCUGACCUAGUGGAGAGUUACUUGGGCGCUGUGCUUGUCGACUCCGGCUUCGACUUGCGGGAGAUCGAGAAUUUCUUCGAGAAGCACGUCAAAUGGUUCUUUCAGGAUAUUGAGGCCUACGAUACCUUUGCAAACCGUCAUCCAACUACCUACCUUUACCGUCUGCUUGAGCAAGAAUUUCGAUGUCGAAAAUGUUCACUAAUUGCGACCGAAAACAGUUUCCAGCCCACCACAAACACCUCUCGAGAUAAUGGUCACGAUGAUGAUGAAGACGCUGGGGGAAGAGGAGAAAAUGGUGACGAAGCUGUCUCUGGAGUGAUGGUGCAUGUAGCAUGGUUCGUGCACGGAAACAUGGUGGCAGUGGACAAAGGAACGGGAGAGAAGUACGCCAGGGUCCGAGCGAGUCGGGCUGCCUUGAAGAAACUGGGCAAAUUGAGUGUCGACCAAUUUAGGAGAGAUUGGGGCUGCGAUUGUGCGAGCAAAGAGAAGAAUAGUGAACACGAUGCCAAGGACGAGGCUGUGGACGGGAGUGUUGGCGAAGAAUAG